GAAGAGUGCCGAAGAAGAAGCUUCUCAGAGGUUUCAUUGUUUCUCACCUCAGCAGCUCAGCUCUUCCCUUGCAGUUGUUUUGUAUUGUAGCUCUUGCCGUCAUCGACACUCUCCCUCACUCACACCCCAAACGUAUAUAUACCCCCAACGCCAAUCCCAACUUCCUCUCCAUCUUCUUCUUCUCCUCCUCCUCCUCCUGCAUCCAACUGAAGAGAAGGGACUACGAAUGGCGACUGUGUCAGGGAAGCCAUGGAAGGUCGAAUACGCUAAGUCAUCCAGAUCCUCCUGCAAGACCUGCAAGUCCCCCAUUGACAAGGAGAAGCUCCGGCUCGGCAAGAUGGUCCAAUCCUCCCAAUUCGACGGAGUCAUCCCUAUGUGGAACCACGCAACCUGUAUAAUGAAGAAGGCAAAGCAGAUAAAAUCCAUUGAUGAUAUUGAUGGAAUAGAGCUGCUUCGGUGGGAAGAUCAACAAAAGUUGAGGAAGUAUAUAGAGGAUGGGUGUGGUGGCGGGGGCAAUGGAGUAUCAUCAUCAAGUAAAAGUACUACUGCUCCAUCAGAAUGUGCUAUUGAAGUGUCACAGACUUCUCGUGCAACAUGCAGGGACUGCAGCCAGAAGAUUAUGAAAGGAGAGGUGCGCAUAUCCACUAAGCCCGAUGACCCAAAAGCUAGGGGUGUAGCAUGGCAUCAUGCCAAUUGCUUUCUGAAUUUAACUCCCUCCAUUGAUGCGGAUAAGCUGCAAGGAUGGGAAAGUCUAUCAGUUGCUGAUCAGACUACUGUUCGUGCUAUGGCCAAGAAGGAUCCUUCUUCAGAAAAGCAUGGGGCAAAGUAUGACCCACGAGAGGAUAAAGAGGUCAUGCAGGAUUUGUCCUCGAAAGCUGGGGUAAAGCGUAAAAAAGAUGGUGCUGGUGGUCAGAAGUCAAAAGUUGUCAAGGCUGGUGGUGAUAUUUCUACAAGCAAGGCAGCUGCUUCAAAGAAUGCCGAGAAUUUUGGGCACGAAAAAGCUCAAAUAAAGGAACUGGAGAGCAAAAUGGAGGUGCAAAGCAAAGAGCUGUGGGCUCUUAAAGAUGACUUGAAGAAGCAUGUUACAACAGCAGAGUUGCGUGAAAUGCUUGAUGCUAAUGGUCAAGAUUCAACAGGAUCAGAACUUGAUUUACGGGACCAUUGUGCUGAUGGAAUGCUAUUUGGAGCACUGGCAAGCUGCCCUGUUUGUUCGGGUUCGCUUCGAUAUUCUGGAGGCAUGUAUAGAUGCCAUGGUUACCAGUCAGCAUGGAGCAAAUGCACAUACUCUACUCGAGAACCAGCACGGCUUAAUGGAAAAUGGAAAAUUCCUGAAGAGACGGACAACCAAUACCUUUUGAAGUGGUUCAAAUCUCAAAAAGUUAAGAAGCCUGUUCGGGUUCUUCUGCCACCUUCUCCUAGUGCGCCUUCUGGUAGUCAGGUGUCUAAUAGUCAGUCUCAAUCAUCAAGAAAUGAAGGCUUGGAAAAUCUAAAAGUUGCUUUUUCUGGUUUCAUGAGAGAAUCUAGGAAUGAUUGGAAAGCUAAAAUUGAAGAGGCAGGUGGUCUGGUUCAUCCUAAGAUUAGGAAAGAAACAAAUUGCUUAGUAGUCGGUGGAGAGUUGGAUGAUGAAGACACUGAGAUGAGGAAGGCUAGGAGAAUGAAAAUACCUGUUGUCAGAGAGGCUUACCUGGUUGAUUGUUUUAAAAGACAGAAGAAGCUUCCUUUUGAUCUGUACAAAGUUGAAACGGUUGGUGGAGCUUCAGACAUGGUCACUGUGAAGGUGAAAGGACGAAGUGCUGUGCAUGAAGCUUCAGGCUUGCAAGAUUCAGGCCACAUCCUUGAGGAUGGUAAAAGCAUAUAUAACACGACUUUGAACAUGUCUGACUUAUCAACGGGUGUAAACAGCUACUAUAUCCUUCAAAUAAUUGAAGAUGAUAAAGGGUCAGAUUGUUAUCUCUUCCGCAAAUGGGGUCGAGUGGGAAAUGAAAAAAUUGGGGGAAGCAAGUUGGAUGAGAUGUCAAAAUCAGAUGCAAUCCACGAAUUCAAGAGAUUAUUCCUCGGGAAGACUGGGAAUCCUUGGGAAGCAUGGGAAUCAAAAGAGAAUUUCCGGAAGCACCCUGGCAGAUUCUACCCACUUGAUAUCGAUUAUGGGGUCAACAAGCAGGCUACAAGAAAAAGUUCAAAUGAUGAGGAUAGCAAACUUGCUCCUCCACUUAAAGAACUGAUAAAAAUGCUGUUUAACGUGGAGACUUAUAGAGCUGCUAUGAUGGAAUUCGAAAUUAAUAUGUCGGAAAUGCCACUUGGGAAACUGAGCAAGAGUAACAUCCGGCAAGGCUUUGAAGCAUUAACAGACAUACAGAACCUCCUGACCAGUAAAAAUCACGACCCUUCUGUCAAAGAAAGUUUGCUUAUUGAUGCGAGCAAUCGAUUUUUCACGAUGAUCCCUUCUAUACAUCCACAUGUAAUUAAGGAUGAAGAUGAUUUCCAGUCAAAGGUAAAAAUGUUGGAAGCGCUUCAGGACAUUGAAGUUGCCUCUAGACUAGUUGGGUUUGACAUUGACAGUGAAGACUCUAUCGAUGAUAAGUAUAAUAAGCUCCACUGUCAAAUCAAUCCUCUUCCUCAUGAUAGUGAAGAUUAUCAAUCGAUCGAGAAAUACCUCCAUAAGACCCAUGCCCCUACUCAUACGGAUUGGGCUCUUGAACUGGAGGAAGUCUUUUCCCUUGAAAGGGAAGGGGAAUUUGAUAAAUUUGCUCCCUACAGGCAGAAGCUCAAGAACAAGAUGCUUUUAUGGCAUGGUUCUCGCUUGACAAACUUUAUUGGUAUACUUAGUCAAGGACUAAGAAUUGCUCCACCUGAAGCUCCAGCGACUGGUUAUAUGUUUGGAAAAGGAAUUUAUUUUGCUGACAUGGUCAGUAAAAGUGCCCAAUAUUGCUAUACUGAUCCAAACAAUCCCGUUGGUCUACUGCUCUUAAGUGAAGUUGCUUUGGGAGAGAUUUACGAACUCAAGAAGGCAAAGUAUAUGGAUAAGCCUCCAGAAGGAAAGCAUUCGACAAAGGGACUGGGCAAGAAAAUACCAGAUGAGUCAGAGUAUGUGAAGUGGAAGGAUGAAAUUGUCAUCCCCUGUGGCAAACCUGUUUCAUCUAAUGUCAAAGCCUCUGAGCUCAUGUACAAUGAGUACAUUGUCUAUAAUACAGCUCAGGUUAAGAUGCAAUUCUUGUUGAAGGUGAGGUUUCAUCACAAGACCCGAAGAACUGGCUGAAGAAAGCUGAGUAGCUGCUGCUUUUGCUCUAGUGUAUAUAUCUUGCAUGUCAGGUAAGAUGUCUAUAGUAUUAGGUUUCCUAUGAUGGGGCUCUGGGACUUGUGUUUGUGGAGAAUGCUUCAAUCAGCAUGGAACUCAUCUCUUUUGGUAAAAGAGCGGUUCAGGAUGGUAAGAUAUGAUCUCAUUUUGGGGUUCGUUGGGAGAUCCUUUAACUACGUUUUGUGCUUAGGAAGCUGGCAUUUGUAAGCGUACACUAUGUUCAAUUAAUACUUUUUAGCCUGAUGAUGCCUCCGAUAAUUGGCAGUAGCAGUCAUUCAUGUUUUAGUUCCUUCUUUCUGCACACCAUUCAACUCUCUCUCGGAGUUGGCUGUGACUGUAGUAUAAGUCGUUUAUUUGAGAUAUCA